AUUUUGUUGCCUCUGCGGAGUGAGCAAUCUGUGAGACAAUUAGCAUCUGUGAAUCGCACCUUGGCAGAGAGAUUGGGUGUUGAGGUCGUUCCGAAGACAUACCGACUUCAGGUCCCCAGCAAGAGAGUAGAGACGCGAGUCAGCAGUCGACACAAUGAGCGCCGAGCAUGACUGGAGACAAACUGUCGCGGUGAAGCAGCAGCAAAGGCAAUCGAACGUAGAUGCUUUCAUCGCCGAUCAGGAUCCGGCCUUGACAGAGAAAAUCACGGCCCUUGAUGAUGUUGUCGUUCUAUCGAAGCUGUUGGCUACGGGAGGGCUGAAGAGCGAAGAUGUGACAAAGGCAUACAUUACAAGAGCUAUUGAAGCUCAUAACAAGACAAAUUGCCUUACGGAGGUGCUAUUCUCCGAAGCUAUUCAGGACGCUCAAAGGCUGGAUGAGUAUCUUCGUGCGAAUGGAAAACCCAUUGGCCCCUUCCACGGAGUCCCAGUGACGCUCAAGGAUCAGUUCAAUGUCAAGGGCUAUGAUACCACGCUUGGAUACACUGUUAGAGCACUCAAGCCUGUUUCUGAAGAUGCUGCGCUGGUAAAAAUGCUGCGAUCAACGGGUGCUGUCAUCAUAGCCAAGACAAACGUCCCUCAAAGUGUUAUGUGGGGAGAGACGGACAAUCCGCUUUACGGACUGACAACGAAUCCUAUUAACGCAGACUAUACUCCAGGAGGUUCAACCGGUGGCGAAGGCGCAGCAUUAUACAUGAAGGGCAGCAUCUUGGGGUGGGGAACAGAUAUUGGCGGGAGCAUUCGUAUCCCAAGCCACAUGAUGGGUCUCUACGGCCUCAGAUGCAGUAACUCGAGAUUGCCGCACUGGGGGUGUCUUGUCUCGACAGAUGGCCAAGAACAUUCGCCGUCAACCGUUGGUCCGCUCGCUCGCUCUCUUUCCACCAUCCACCAUGCCAUGAGGGAAAUCAUUCUCCGUGAGCCCUGGCAGAGCGACUCCAAUGUCUCGCCUAUCGCAUGGCGGCAGAACAUGUAUGACGAAUAUUCUUCUAGGAAGCUAACAAUCGGCCUUUUUCUUGACGAUGGCAUAGUCAGGCCUCAUCCGCCAAUCACCAGAGUGUUACAGCAGGCAGCAGCAGCUCUUAGAGCCGCAGGCCAUGAAGUCAUUGACUGGCCACUGGACCUCCAUGCCGAAUCCAUCGAAUUGAUUGACGAGCUGUUUGUUGUCGACGGCGGACAGGACAUUCGACAAGAUGUAGAGGCGGGAGGCGAGCCCUUUAUCCCCGCUAUAGAAAGCCUCGUCAACGCGGGCCCUGCUAUCUCCGUGUACGAUUACUGGCAGCUAAACAAGCGCAAGGCCGCCCUACGACAAGCUCACCUCGAAAAAUGGAAAUCCGUCAAGUCUCCCGCGACGGGGAGGACCGUAGAUGCGAUACUGAUGCCGGUCAUGCCUCACUCGGCGGUCCCGCACCAAGCAAGCCGAUACACGGGCUACACCAAGAUAUGGAACUUGGUCGACUAUGUAGCAUUGGCCCUUCCAGGAGGCAAAGUUGAGGCUGGUGACUGUGACGCGCAGUGGGAUUAUGCUCCGCGAAAUGAGAGGGAUGAGUGGAUAGGGAGCGUUUGGAGGGAUCGCAAAGAGGAGAUGGCUGAGAUGGGGCUUCCGGUUGGAGUGCAGAUUGUUGGAGGGAGGUUGGAAGAAGAGAAGGUGUUGGCAAUAGGCAAAGUCUUGGACGACUUGUUGAGGGCGUAGGGGUGGUUGAGAGGCUUUUUGUGAGUAUCGUUUCAAUCAUUAUGAGAGCGUCCUAUUCUUCAGUCUUCCUCUAUAUGAUCUUUUUGACGGAGACAUCAUUGAAAGGUCAUUUUCUUUGAAUCCAUGUCCCUUGAGAAGAAUGUAUGCCUCCUGGGGGUUCCUCUGACAAACAUCCCUAUCAGAUGAAAGCUGGCGGAGAAUUUCGGAUGCAACGAGCCGAUGCUCUGGUCCAACAGAAGUCACAAGUCUACGGAGCACUGCAUCUAACCAUUUCUACGACUCAAGGUAGUAGCACUAGAUCCCAAAGGAAUGGGUCAUGAGGCUACUAGGGAUACGAUGAGGCCACAAUAUACAGCUGAACCUAUGGAUCAAUAGAC